UUAAUCCUCUAACCUGCAAAGUUAGUCUUGGCUGUAAAUUCUUUGUUCCGAUCAAACUUUAAUAAUAUUAAAUGAAUUUAGCUAAAGAAGCUCUCUUGGCUGGUGCAAAUAAAGAUAGUGGAGAUUAUUUAUUUAAAUCACCUUCUCAAAUAAAACCUGAAGAGAAAAGCCUCAUUAGCAAAUAUAACAAAGUAUUAGACAAACUUCAAAGUAUUGGCCCACUAAACAUACCAAACUUGCAGGAAUUCCUGGAAAAAUCAAAAGUCGAUUUUAAGCACCUUUACAACGACAGAACAAUAUCUGAUUUGAAGGUAGACAACUUCAAAAUAGUUCGUAAAUUGGGUUCAGGGGCUUUUGGAAAAGUUGUUUUAGCCGAAUUGAAGAAAGAUGAUCAGUUGUAUGCUAUUAAGGUCAUCGAUAAAAAAGCUGUCAUAAAGGGAAGGCAUUUCCGGUACGUCAACAAUGAAAAAAGGAUUCUUCAAAGUAUUAAUUUCCCAUUUUGUAUUUACUUACGGUACUUCUUUGUAGACUACAACUAUUUAUAUUUUGUCAUGCCUUUUGUACCUGGAGGUGAUUUUUUCGACUACCUCGCUGAGUUCAAACCUUUGAAAGAGGACCACGCAAAAUUUUAUGUAACUCAACUUGUUCUGGCUCUUGAAUAUCUGCAUUACUUGGAACUCAUCCAUAGAGACUUGAAGCCUGAGAACAUUAUGAUGGAUGCGUUUGGUUACAUCAAGUUAGCAGAUUUUGGUCAGUGUCUUCGUGUGGAUGGGAGAGACAGAGCUUGGACUCUGACAGGGACACCGGAGUAUAUGGCUCCAGAGAUAAUCAACCGGCAAGGCUACGACUGCGCAGUGGAUUGGUGGGCUCUUGGGGUGACACUCUACGAGAUAUGCGCUGGCCGCCGCCCGUUCAAACACUCCAACACCGACAAACUUUACAAGAUGAUCCUUGAAAUGAAAUUUGAUCUCCCCCCGACUUUCUCCAAACCUCUCACGAGUCUGGUCAAGCUACUGAUCACAAGUUCUCCUGAAAAGAGAUUGGGCAACUACUCCAAGGGAGCCAGAGAGGUGAAGGCUCACAACUGGUUCAAGGGAACCGAUUGGCAUGCAGUUCUGAACCGUACGUUGCCUGCCCCUUACGUUCCAAGUUUACAGAAAACCAAAAAAGGUUGAUGACAGAUAAUUGGCUGGCAAAUCAAGUUUGAGGAUAUAAGUCUUCCUUUUCUUUGGGACUCUGCAGAUGAGUAAAGUGUCAAUUUUAUUCAAAACUUUAUGUUGGCAAUACAUUAUGUUUGCAACUGCAUUAAUUGGAAACCAAAUGCAAUGUUUUAGGA